AGACAGAGAUCCACCACCAUUUUGCUUCUAUCUGUUUAUACAGCCGUGUCAGGUUGAAAGAGGUUUUGUUUUUGGCGAUGGACGGCAUUGUUAGCGAUGUUGCAGUUGGUGUGAAGAGAGGUUCUGAUGAUUUGCUCGUCGGCAGUCUUUACAGCAGUCAGAAUUCUUCACUCACAGCUAAUGGAAGCGACAGCAAAAAACUGAGAGUGGAGGACGGCAUGGAGAACCCACCAUCCAGAGUCAUUCACAUCCGUAAGCUUCCAAACGAAGUUUCUGAGACGGAGGUCAUCGCUCUUGGGCUGCCCUUUGGAAAAGUCACCAAUAUCCUCAUGCUGAAAGGAAAAAAUCAGGCGUUUUUGGAACUGGGGACGGAGGAAGCGGCGAUCACCAUGGUUACCUACUACACAGCAGUGACGCCUCAAGUGAGAAACGUUCCCGUGUGCAUCCAGUACUCCAACCACAAAGAGCUCAAAACGGACAGCGCUCUCAAUCAGCGUGCCCAGGCCGUCCUGCAGGCCGUGUGCGCCGUCCAGGAGGGCGGCUCACCGAGCUUAGAUUCGGCCGCAGAGAGCGUGUUGAUACCCGCCCCGAGUCCGGUCCUGCGCAUCAUCAUCGAUAACAUGUUCUACCCGGUCACGCUGGACGUACUGCAGCAGAUCUUCUCCAAGUUCGGAACCGUCAUGAAGAUCAUCACGUUCACCAAAAACAACCAGUUCCAGGCUCUGCUUCAGUUCAGCGAUCCUGUAAACGCACAGCAAGCCAAGCUGUCUCUGGACGGACAGAACAUCUAUAACUCCUGCUGCACGCUGCGGAUCGACUUCUCCAAACUGGUCAACCUGAACGUCAAGUACAACAACGACAAGAGUCGGGAUUACACCAGGCCCGAGCUUCCGGCAGCGGACGGACAGCCCGCCGUAGAUCCCGUCAUGGCCGCCGCGCUCGGAAAGGACUCCACGUCUCUGCUGGGUUCUCCAUCUGGAACUGUAGCCUCCUACUCUAGUGCUGGAACAGUUACAGCUUCUCUAGGCUCCAUCAGUCCUCUGAGCGCGGCGGCGGCGGCUGCAGCGGCGGCGGGUCGGGUGGCUCUGUCGGGACACCUGGUGAGCGGCGGCGUGCUGCUGACCAGCAAUCUUAAUGAGGAGAUGGUUACGCCCCAAAGUCUCUUUACCCUCUUCGGUGUUUACGGGGACGUGCAGCGGGUCAAGAUCCUCUACAAUAAGAAGGACAGCGCCCUCAUCCAGAUGACGGACGGAAACCAGGCGCAGUUAGCCAUGAGCCACCUGAACGGACAGAAGAUGUUCGGGAAGAUCAUCCGCGUGACUCUUUCCAAACACCAGACGGUGCAGCUUCCUCGAGAAGGUCUGGACGACCAGGGCCUCACCAAAGACUUCACCAACUCGCCCCUGCACCGCUUCAAGAAGCCCGGCUCCAAGAACUUCCAGAACAUCUUUCCUCCGUCGGCCACACUCCACCUGUCUAACAUACCUGAUAAGGUGACCGAGGACGACCUGAGACUCCUCUUCUCCAACUCUGGAGGCACGGUGAAGGCCUUCAAGUUCUUUCAAGACCGUAAGAUGGCCCUGCUGCAGAUGGGGACGGUAGAAGAGGCCAUUCAGUGCCUGAUCGACCUGCAUAGCUACGACAUGGGGCGUGGCCACCGCCUCCGAGUCUCCUUUUCCAAAUCUACCAUCUGAACACGCCCGGGCGUGUGGACGUCACCUUCAGCGUCUCUGCUCUGUGUGGAGUGUAAAGCAGUCCUAGUUUGUUUAGAUCCGUUAUUCCUAAAGACCGCCGCGCGUACGUGUGAUGAUGGGCUCGUUAUCACCGGGGCGCUCUGUAGGACCACACGGUCCCGGUCCCAGAUACUACAGGACUCCCUUCAGAGCUCACGUGGAGUCCUCAGAAGGUCAGAGCUGUGUCCACAGCGCUCAUGACGGUGGUCAUUAUGUUUUGGCCCAUCGGUUUAUGUACAUAUUGAUCUUUUUUCCUUUUUUGUUCGUGCGUUUGGUUUUCAAAUAACAAAAUGUGCCUUACGUACGAAAAACCUUGUGUUUUUUUUUAAUCCUCCUGUGAUGAUGUUUGUUUCUGACCCGGUCUUGCUGCCCCGACCCUUCGUCCUGUAGAAUGUAAAUGUAAUAGUGAAAGCAUUGAUGGUUCUGUGUUGUUUCUGUUCACUUGUAUAGACGGUUUGAUUAAAGACACUCAGCACUGCGUA